AUGCCCUCAGAUAACCUGACCCAUGUGGUUGAAUUCAUUCUCGUUGGUUUUCCAGGUACACAGGAAAUCAAGCAUGGUCUCUUUUAUAUUCAAAAAAAACUGACUGUGACAGAAAAUGCAACGAUUCUUGUGAUUGUCUGGACAAAUCUCCAGCUUCACAAGCCAAUGUAUGUUUUUCUGGGCAAUCUUUCCUUUCUGGAGAUCUGGUAUGUCUCCAUCACAGUGCCCAAAAUGCUUGUAAGCCUGGUGACAACGAGACAAGGCAUCUCCUUCGCAGGCUGCAUGGCUCAGCUGUUCUUCUUCCUGGCACUGGCCUGCAGCGAGUGCACUCUUUUGGCUGCCAUGGCCUACGAUCGCUACGUGGCCAUCUGCAAACCGUUGCAUUACCCAGUCAUCAUGGAUCACGCUUUGUGCACCCGUCUGGCCAUUGGCUCCUGGAUGAGCGGCUUCCUCAUUUCCACAGGGAAGGUUUACUUCAUUUCACGUCAGACCUACUGCGGGCCCAACAUCAUCAACCACUUCUUCUGCGAUGUCUCCCCCUUACUGAAGCUAGCCUGCACCAGCACAUCAGUAGCUGAGCUCAUGGAUUUCUUGCUGGCCCUGCUCAUCCUUCUCGUACCACUCCUUGUGACUUUGGCCUCCUACAUGUGCAUCAUCUCCGCUCUCUUGGGCAUCCCCUCAGCCCAGGGACGUCACAAAGCCUUCUCUACCUGUGCCUCUCACCUGCUCGUGGUCACAGUGUUCUAUACAUCCUCCCUGUUUAUCUACGCCAGGCCUCAGUCUAUUGAUUCCUUCAGCUCCUACAAACUGGUUUCUGUGGUAUACACUGUCCUGACACCUCUCAUCAACCCGGUCAUCUAUUGCUUAAGGAACCAGGAAUUCAAAAUUGCUCUUAGGAGAACAAUAUACUGGAGAGAUAUAUCGUCCUAG